AUGCUUUCCGACGUUUUUUCUGCGCUAUUGAUUCUCGCUGCUUCUGGGGAAGCCAUUGCACAUCCGACACAGGAUACGGCGGCAAGUACCGAUGUGUGCCAUGUGGUAGACUUCGCCGGCAUUGCCGCUGCUGUGGCAGCAUGCAACACCAUCACGCUCGACGGCAUCACGGUGCCUGGCAACGCAACCAUGGACCUCACCCACCUGUGCGACGGGGCCAAGGUCAUCUUCCAGGGCCGCACCUUCUGGCAGUACGCAAACGCAAACUACCCCUUCAUCAAAGUCAGCGGGCGCAACAUCGACGUGUCGGCUGCGCAGGGCGCUGUGCUCGACGGAAACGGCCAGGCAUGGUGGGACGGGCUCGGCAGCAAUGGCGGCGUUACCAAGCCCAACCACUUUAUCGAGGUCAGCAAGGUUACGGGCGACAGCCGCAUCCACGACCUGUAUAUCGAGAACUACCCUGUGCACUGCUUCAGCAUCAGCAACUGUGCCGGCCUCGACAUCCACUCCAUUAUGCUCAACAACACGGCUGGCAACGCGCCCAACGAGCGCUCCAAGGGCAAGGCCGCCGCGCACAACAGCGAUGGCUUCGAUAUCGCCAGCUCCAACAACACGCGGAUCCGCCACAGCACGGUCCUCAACCAGGACGACUGCGUGGCCGUCACUAGCGGAAACAAUAUUUCGGUAUCAAACAUGUAUUGCGACGGCAGCCACGGUCUUUCUAUUGGCUCCGUCGGCGGAAAAUCAAACAACAACGUAACCAACGUCACGUUCCGCGACUCGGUCGUGCUCAACACGCAAAACGGGGCGCGCAUAAAAUCAAACUCAAACACGACGGGCUACAUUGCAAACAUCCUGUUUGAAAACAUCCGCGUUGAAAAUGCGUCCAUCUACGGCAUCGACAUCCAGCAGGACUACCUCAACGGCGGGCCUACCGGUCAUCCUACCAACAGCGUCCAGAUCCGCAAUGUCGUCAUGAGAAAUGUUACGGGCACGGCGCUCAAGAAGGCCAAGAACUACUAUAUUCUGUGUGGCGAGGGCAGCUGCAGUAACAUCACCAUGGAGGAUGUGCAUUUUACCGGUGGUGGACAGAACAGUUCGUGCAACUUCAGGACUGCGGGAGAUUUCGACUGCGAUGGCAACUUUGUGUGAGGUAUUUCUUGAUGCUUUUCUCAUUAUCUCUUCCUCUGUCUGCUUCGUGUUUGUGGCUGAUAUCCUUUCUUGCUUGUAUUUUUACUUCUUUUUACUUUUAUU